AUGGAAGGAAAAUCUCCUGCCACAUUACCCUCUCUUGACAAUCCUGCUGAUGCUUCAUUGAAGCUUGAGUUGAAUGACUGGCCUCCUCCUCUGGGUAUGUUGUCAGGCAGAUACAAACGGUUUCAAAGUACAUAUUGGGAAGAAGUUGGCUCCUGGGAAAGAGAGGUUGAUGAACUUUCACAGAAGCUGUACAAGGUCAACGAUAACGAAGAUGAUGGUGCAUACAAGACGGAAACGAAGAGACUGCUGGAAAACCUCAAGUCAGAAAUGACUUACAUCCAAAAUGAUUACAUGAACGCCAGAGAAGCUUAUGGACAGGUUCUUUCCAACUCUUGUCUCACAAUGGCAAGGUACUGGAGACAUUUGUUCAUGUCAAGGCGCAAUGGUCAAACCGAAAAAUUACCACAAGUUGUCACUGAUCUUGACCUCUCAGAUGAUCAGUGGGAUGCCAUGUACCAGCUAUCCCUCGUGGCCCAUGUCUAUGAGACAGAUUACAAGUCUACAGUCAGUCAUAUGGGAGCUACUUGCAGGGAUUUGUUGUUAUGGCUGGGUGAUCUGUGUCAAAGUCUGAGUGAGGCCCUGACCAAGCAUGAGGAGGGUGAACUCACUUUGGAAACGUCAGAUCCAAUGGAUACUUCGCCCCUGUCAGAGGACCUACUCCGUGAGUGUCUUGCGUUGAGGGUGAAGGAUACAGAGCCCCUUGCUGAGAUGGCAAGAGAAGCGCUGGAGCAAUAUGAAGAAGUGACCAAAAGCCCUGAGAUACCUCCUUUCCAGACGAUCAUAGGAGAAAUCACCAAAUUAUCAAGGGCAAUCAAUAUACCCUUCCAGCUUGCCGUUGCCUGGGACCGGCAAUGUAAAGACCUUGAAAUCAAAUCCCAAUCAGUUUUAGGAACUGAGGGGGAUAGUGGAGAGGCGGUAAGUGAAGGGAGUGGUGUUCCAGAGGCGGGUGACAGAAAGGGCACCAGUGACGAGGGUGAAGGGAAGGAUACGGAAUCGGGAUAUUUCUCAGACUCUUCCGCCGAAUCUGAUACCACACCUACACCGGGAACCCCAAGAAUGGGUCCACCGGGUUCUCUGCCUGUCACGGUAUCAACUGAAACCAGCUGA